AUGACAUACCCCUACUACGCUGCAUACAACACUUGCGGCUGGGAAGACGGUCUCUCGUUGCUCUCUCAAGAGCAGACGACCGCGGCCCACAUGGACGCGAGCGGGCCACCCGCUGUAUACCCUUCGGGGUAUCCGACGCAGCAAAUAAAUGCCCUGUGGUACGAGCCCGUGCUCCCCACGAUCGAGCCCGAGUGGGCUCCACACUACCCCCAGCUCGGGUACGCAAUGGCGGGGCCGCCGCACGUCGCCCAUGAUGAUUUUUACUUCCCCCAGCAGACGCUGCUCGCUGAGGAAAGCAAUCACCAAGUAGCGACCAUAGCGUACAGCACCGCGUACUAUCAUGAAAGGCUGGCGAGCCCGUUGUAUUUGCCAUGCAACGUCGUUCAGCCCCAGUACGGAGCCGUACAUAUGAGCGGGGGACCCGUCGCCGGCCCAAGCACAACGCGGGCGACGAUUGGUGAAAGGAUCGGGGCGAGGUACACACCUUAUCAGCAGCGGCCAAGGCUAGAGGUCGCUGUUGUAGGUCCAGGGGGUAUCCACGAGGCCCCUGAGGGUGCUACCCUUCACCAAACAACAAGUAUAUCGAGAAAGUCCGCUCGCAGGAAUGACACUACGAACGGACUAAUUCCCGAGGCUGUACAGGCGUCGGGCGAAGGGCGGACCCACCCAGAGGUCACAAGGCGGGCGCCCAGGAUGGACAUGCGGCAGACUCCAUACCUGAGCUCGGACUGGAACUGCCACAAGUGCAAGGGGGGGUUCGGACGCGUCCACGAGCUCAAGCGUCACUUGAAUACUGCGAAGGCCCACGUCGCCGCGUCGUUGACGUGCGACGAGUGCAAGGAUAGCGCCACGUUUAGUCGGCCAGACGUGCUUUUCGCUCACAAGCGGACAUUCCACGGGUGGCCCUGA